UGUGUUUAUGUUCGGAAAACGAAAAUACAACUACUACACAGGACAAACGACAGUAUACACGUCCAUCUACAUCAACAACAGAAUAUUAAUUCAGUAUCUGUACGACUGUACAUCGCUACGUCAGAUGCGUUUCGAUAGUCACGAAAUCCGUAACGGCAGUUCCGUCUGUGUAGCUCAUCGGUGUUUUGAAUGUCUGUACGGCUAACGGUCAGCGUAUUUUACAGAAAUGGUACGGCGUUGUUGCGCUUCAACCGUACCAAUGACAUCAGAUUGCUGGUGCGCACCAAGGUGGCACCGCGGGGCGUUCACACCCAAGCGCUGAAUCCCAUUGUCAGCCACAAUAGUUCACCGAGUUCCGGCUGGCAGAACCGAUGGAACCUCGCCAGGAGAGCGUUCGUCGACAACCUGCUGAGCCGGGUAACCAACUCGCUGUCAGCAGAUUUGCGAAGGCGUACAGCCAGGCAUCUCAUGUAUGGUAACUCAAGACCGUUUUUCGCACUAGUUGGAGUAAGUCUAGCUUCUGGUAAUGGUAUGUUAACUAAUGAAAAUCAGUUGGAAGGCGUUUGUUGGGAAAUUCGAGAAGCAGUUGGCCGUAUGCUAAAGAACCUAACAGUUGCUGAACGCCUGAAAUUAAAUUCAUCUUUGGGUCUGAAGCAGUUUGAAUUAGGAUCUGUCAUUGCUAAGGGAAAUAAUGCUGUUGUAUACGAAGCAAGAAAAAUUGAAAAGGACAGAGACCCAAGUGACGUAAUCUUAAAGCAAGGGUCAUCAAAUACAACGUAUCCUUUGGCUGUGAAAAUGAUGUUUAAUUAUGAUGCUGAAAGUAAUGCUAUGUCAAUAUUACGUGCCAUGAGUAGAGAAACAGUUCCAUCUCGUUGUGUACAACAUAAUUUUUCUAGAUCAGAUCAGCAAUGGCUUAUUGGUUAUGAUCAAAAUUUAAUUAAAUUAUCACCACAUCCAAACAUUGUUAUGAUGCAUUUGUGUUUUGCGGAUUAUGUGCCGGAGCUGAUUGACUCGCAUACAUUAUAUCCUCAAGCUCUACCAACUAGAAUAAAUCCAGAAGGUUAUGGUCGGAACAUGAGUCUAUUUCUGGUGAUGAAAAAGUAUGACUUGAGUUUGAAACAAUAUUUAUCUAAAGCUCCAUCAUUGAAAAUCAGAGAUAAAAUUCUUCUGCUCGCUCAAUUAUUGGAAGCUGUUUCUCAUUUGUCUAAUCAAAACGUGGCACAUAGGGACAUGAAGACUGAUAAUAUCUUAUUAGAUGUAUCUGAAGGUAAUGAUGUAUGUCCUGCAUUAGCCAUUACAGAUUUUGGAUGUUGUCUUGCUGAUAAGAAUAAUGGACUUAAUCUUCCAUACAAAACUGCUGACACUGAUCGUGGAGGAAAUAUAGCGUUGAUGGCACCAGAAGUUGUCACUGCUCGACCAGGAACAUUUGGACAUAUAGAUUAUUCAAAAGCAGAUGUAUGGGCAGUUGGUGCAAUGGCAUACGAAAUAUUUUCUGAUAGUAAUCCAUUUUAUAGUUAUGAAAGAGGUAAACCUCCAUUGUUGCGCAAUUCUACAUACAAGGAAGAAGAUCUUCCUGCAUUUGGUAGUGAUAUACCAUUAAUUAUACAAACAUUAAUUCACUCACUAUUGCAAAGAUCAACAUCUAAGAGAUUAGAUGCAUCAUUUGCUGCUACAGUUUGUCAGAUAUAUCUAUGGGCACCAUCGUCAUGGAUUACAAAAUAUGUGAUGCCAACUAGUAACGAGGUGUUGCAAUGGAUGUUGUGUUUAACGACCAAGGUAUUAUGUGAAGGAGGAACAAUGAUGUCAACUUCAAGCACUAAACAACGUACCUGUACAGAAUAUCAAUUGAUUACUACAUUUUUACAUAGAGCAAAAUUGUAUGAAAUAAAAAAUGCAUUAUAUUGGAUGCAUUCAAUACAACAAGAAUAAUAUUUUCAAGCUAUUUUAGUUAUUUUACUAAUAAAAAGGUUUUGGUAUUAGUCGUGUGUAUAAAGUUUUUGAUGAAAACUAUUUUAUCAAAAUAUGUGCUAUCCCGUAUUAAAAUGUCUAUAAAUUAUAAAAACAUAUAUUUAUUUUAUUAUAAUAUUUUAUUUGUAAGUGGUAUUUGUUUCAUAUGGAUUUAAAUUUUAAUUAUAUGACUCAUUUGAUUGUUGAGUUUGUUGCCAUUCUAAGUGAUUUAUUAAAAAUAUUAUUUAUUUUAUUAUUA